AUGUCAGAUUUUUUUAACGUCACUCAAUUGCAACUAGAUACUAUAGCGUUACGUCAAUUAACUAUUGCGGUGAAAGUCAUAAACAAUAUUUUACUGCGAAGCCAAGCCAUCGUGAACAUACUUCAUCGCAGCGGCUUGAGUUUAGAGCAGAUCGCCUGCGCUGCGCCCAGAAUUCAGAGGGCAUUCCGCACGUACUUGGACGCGGUAGACAUGCGAGCGUACCAGGUGUGCGACGACGACACUUGCGACGAAACGUCCAAGAUAUCUCUGCAGAAUAUCCUGCAAGCGACGGGAACAUCGCUGGAACAGGCGGAGAAGUCUGCCGUAAUAAUACAGGCCGCUUUCCGCGGUCAUUACGAGAGAAUGUUGUUAAACGAGUCCCAAGGCAUAACUCAAUGGCAACGAGCGGCAAUGAGGACCCUGGAGAUUCUAAGAAAAGCCGGAGCUUCGCAAGCGGAGGCGUCGAACGCCGCUGUUCUGAUACAGGCUACUUACCGUGGAUACUAUACGAGAAGAAAUUUAAAAAUGAAAAAUAUGGCUACACAAGAGGAAAAUGAAGACGACGUAGACAUGAUAAAACCUAAAGACACUAUUCAAGCAUUAGCCUGGUUAGAUAUGAUAUCUGAGGAAUCAGGAUUGACGCAAACGAGAGCUAAUGAAGCUGCCACUAUUAUUCAAAGAGCUUACAGACGGUAUCGUCAAAGAAAGAAUAAUUAUCUACAUAAUAAUCCGCGAAUAGAAUCUACAAGAUCAAUGGUGGCAAAAGCUAUUGUUAAAAGUUUGCAUCAGAAAGUUUUUGACGAAAUUAUGAACCGCGAAAACAUUCCCACGGAAUUUGGUAGUCGAAAAGACUUGGCAAAGGCUAGCGAAGAACUUCAGCGGACUCUUAAAGACCGGUUAAUGGAUGCUCGCAUGAAGGAGGAAGAAAACAACGAACAAGAGUUUGUUCGCACAGAAGUAUCCGAAUCGAAAUUAAAAAACGACGAUACGUAUUCGAACGGCGUGGAAGAUCAGGAAGAAGCUGAAGAGAUAGAAACGGAACGUGAAGGAACGUACGUGCAAGACUAGCAUCAGCGAGAAACCUUCUUGAGAAAAAGGGAGACAAAAAAAAAGAGGAAAAUUCCGCAGAAUCCUUUUCAAAAGUGCCGGCGGAUGAGCCAAUUAACAUGGACGACGAACGGUGCGAGGGAAGAAACGAGACAACGAGCACAAAGAACGCGACUAGCGAAAAGCUGCCACCGGAGGCCGUCCAAUAAAUGCCGGAGACACUGCGGCAUUUAAUGCCCGCAUUCGGCAUGCUUACGUUCGAUAAUUUCGUUAACGUGCCGCGCUUCCGUAGCGAGCUUUAAAAUUCCCACGGACAGAAAAUGCUCCCGCUACAUGUAUUACAAGUAAAACGAAUUAAAAACUGUCCUGCCUGCGUAACGUUAAUUUAAUUCGACUGAUACGAGUUAAAGCGUUUCAUGGGGGCUCAUUCAAAUUUGAUUUACAUAAUUUUUAUUCUUGACGUUUAGCGUUUUAAUACUCCGCUAUACAUUAUUUUGCAUUAGUACGGCGAGUAAAAGUAUCAUGAAAAAAAUUCAAUGGUUUAAAUGUGUGUGAGAAACACGGUAUAAGUAAAGCGAUUCCGAUUCGAA